GACGCUCUCGCCAUCCUUGGGAACCAUUCAGCCAAAGGGUGGCGUGGCGAUAACCGUGUCGAGAUAACCAUAGAUUAGAAGCGUGUGCCUUCGCACUUCCAUAACGCGUUGCUUGUCGAUCUACACUCCUCUCUCGGUGACUCCGAGCAAAUUCAAGUUCGAAUGAAGAACCCAGUCCUCCCUAUAGGCUCAAGUAGGUUUGUCGAAGCCGACGGUCAUGUGUCUAUUUACGCCACCUCCUUUACAUAUUCAUCGGGGUCAUCGUACUGGACACUACCAGACAUUAUUCGCACGCAGACUGGUGGCGUUGCUUUGAUUUCGGGCACUCCUGCAUUGCACUUAGAGUAUCUUCAGUACCCUUUUCUCACCAUCUCUCCAACAGCUGCGGCAAUACUUACGCUUGAGUUCACGCUUACCCUAGGCACCAAUCCUAAUGCCUAUAUUGCUUAUGAUAUUAGCAUAAACGACAGGGCUGUAAGCACUCAUCGAUUAGUACCCCAACUAUCUAAGCCUGAUACACUACCUGAUUGAUGGUAUGAGUCGGUUAUGGCCAACUUAUGGACUCGCUGCCAUCCAGUAGACCUGGGCCGCAUAGACUCCAUAUUCGGCUUCACAGUGAGAACUGUGUGCUAGACAAAACUGUACUCAAUCUUCAGGGUGUCCGUGAGAGCUAUCUUCGCCCGUCCGAGAGU